AUGAGCAGCACGGAACUAGAAACAGAAACACUGCAGCCCAAUAACCGCAAACGAAAUGCAGAGGCGGCAGAGAUCGAAAUAGACGUGGAGGCACCCGAACCUCCGUCUAAGAAAGCCCUUCGCAAAGCAAAGAAAGCAAAAGUAUCUGAGGGCAGCACGCUGCCCUCAGAAGCAAAGAAGGCAAUACCGUCAACCGAAACGCAAGAUGCAUCCCACAAGGAUACAACACGCUCCGAGUACGGGAUCUGGAUUGGCAAUCUCGCGUUUGGCACUACAAAGGACGACCUCAUAAAAUUUCUGACCUCUAAUCCAACGAACGUGAUCCGCCGAGAUCAGAUAACAAGGACUCAUUUGCCUCAGGCAUCACCGAAAUUUGGCAGACCGCAGAACAAAGGUUUUGCAUAUGUUGACUUCUCAGACCAAGAAUGCAUCGACACGGCGCUCAAGCUAAGCGAGUCUCUUCUGGGCGGCCGCCCGGUGCUGGUCAAAAAUGCGAAGAACUUUGAGGGUAGACCCGAACGAAGAAAAGACCUGCUCGAGAAGCAUACUCAGCCUCCAAGCAAGAGAAUCUUUGUUGGGAACCUGGAUUUCACCACCACGGUGGAGGAUCUGGAAUCGCACUUUGGAGUAUGUGGACCGAUCGUCCAUACGCACAUGGCCACGUUUGAAGAUUCAGGAAAGUGUAAAGGAUUCGCGUGGAUCGAUUUUGAACAAUUAGAAUCUGCAGAAAAGGCUAUGCGAGGAUGGGUUGAACGAGGAGAUGGUGUCGAAGACUCGCCCGCGAAGUCGAAGUCUUCAAAGAGCAAAAUCUUGCUGCACAGACUUCACGGCCGCAAGCUGAGAAUGGAGUAUGCUGAAGACAAGGCGGUUCGAUAUGAGAAAAGAUUCGGAAAGACGGCGAAAAAGACGGCAUCAGGAGAGGCGGAGACGAGAGAGGACAGGGGAAUCAUGGAGGUGAACGGCGAAGAAGAGAUUACCAAGCCCACGUACCACAAGACGACGAAGCCCAGCAAAGCUCAAGGGAAAUAUUCAGAGGGGACAGUACAGAGAUUGACAGGUGCAAUCAUCGAAAGUAAGGGCCAGCGAACAGUCUUUGAAUAG